UGUGUUGGCGCUCUGGCUGGCCGCUGUCGGUGUGAGGUUAUGUCCAAAACCGCCAAGGUGGGAACGCUGGUGCUAGUUGGGGGCGAGUUUGGACAUUUCCUUGUGUUCACGAUGUUAGAUUUACUUCCCUUUUUAUCAACCAUUUUACCGAUAAUAGCCUCAAGUCUUGUUAUCCUCGUCCUCUCCCUGAAUCUUUAUUUGAAAAUCAGACGCAACUUCCCAAUUAGUGUUAAUUGCUGGUUCUGCAAUUCAUGGACCAAAGUACCUUACGACGACCGAAACAGUUUUGAUUGCCCGACUUGCUCGCAAUAUAACGGUUUCACACACGACGGCGGUUACAACAAGAUUAUUCCAGAACAACAUGACGAGUUCAUGAAUCAAUCGACGAGGGUUAAAAGUCGGAAAAGCGGCGCCUCGAAUGGUUUAUGUGCUUUGUGUAAUAACAAUCAGCAGUUGAAGGUUUUCCAACUUGCUCAUUUUGUUCCCAUGAACGAGGAGAAUUAUGAUGUGGAAAUUGAGCAUUUUCAAAAACAACUGGAAAAAGCCUACAAGCUGUGCAAGAAAUGUGACAAAGUCUUGAAGAAAACCAUAAGUAAGCAAAAUGCUUGGAUAUUUGGAAACCGCGUCAAGGAUUUAUGCCACAACGGAAUCUCAAAAAUUGCAAACCAGUUUAAAAAAGAAACAAGACUUUCACUUCUGAGAAAAAUAGACGGCUGCUUAUCACUUGUGGUCGUCCUCACGAUUAUUUUAAUCACUUUAUUUGGAAUCAGAGGUUUUACGAGAACUUUAGCCAAUUAUAUGCCAACGGCCUGUUUACCUAUUUACAAAAAUAUUGUUUCUUUAGCCAACACUUCAAAACUGAUUGAAGUUAAAAUUUUCAAUUUCACAAAGAAUCUCAAAAUUGAGCCUCAUUUUGUCGUUUCUAGUGCAGGUUUUUUCUCUCAAAUAAUCAGAAUGUUUUUGAGUCAAUACAACACUAACACGAAACUAAAUCAAUUCCUUUGUUGGGUGAUUCUUUUGUUAAUAUCGUGGCUACGUUUCAACAAGACUUACACGCCUUAUAUCUUAUUUAUUGAGGCUUUCUCUUGCAUUUAUCUACUCAGCACUGCCUUUACCAAACCUGAGCCAAAGAAGCCUAUUCCGAAGCCAACCGGGAUGCGAAAACUGGUCAAAAACCUGGAAUACACCACCAGCGACGUCUCCGAUUGCAGCGACUUUGAAAAUAUUUCAGACAAGUCGAAUUCCACUAGCCUCGAUGUGCCUCUUACCACUGCCUCAGUACUUAGCUCAAGUUUUAAAACCGCCCCCGACUUGAAUAAAAGCCUAAACAAUCUGACUCUGGGCUUCAAGUCGCCGCCGCGGCCUAAGCCCGUCCUGUCGCCCCCCAAGUUCCAAACCGUCAAUUCGUGGGUGGCCGGGGGCUUCUGGCGGGAGGGCGACGGCCUGGUGUUGCCGCCGACGCAGAGGACCAACCUGAGUCGGUGCUCCAGCGAGAGUUCCGGGUUCGGGUCCCAGCACGAGGCCCCUUUCGUGCCGAAAUACUACGAAUUUGAUAGAUUUUCGCAAGUUUCCGACUCGCGUUUUAGCCCCAUUUUGUUCAGGGGGGUUUACCCCAAGCCUGCGUUCGUGCGUCUUGAUGCAUAUCAGAGGAAAAGUCCGGAGAAUUGGUCGGAGAAAAUCAACUCACAAGCCACGCAGAGCUUCCGGGAUCUGAGUCUGCGCUCGAAUUAUUGAGAUUUUUAUUUUGUGAUUUGUGUUAAGUUUGGAAAAAUCAAAAACGACAGGUUUUUAAUCACUGCCAUUGAGCUACCUCGACUUUUUGAUUUUUUACUAGGUUAAGAGCAAACGCGGUUUGAAUUUGCCGCCGAAACUGCCAAAUCAAGGCGGGGAAUUUGAAUUUAAUUGUUUGAGAUUAAGCUGUAUUUGUUUUAAAUACAUUUUUUUGAAACUU